ACAGGAGAUAAUUAAGAAGAAAUUUUGCCCCUAUAUAUAGCCGAUGCGGGACUCACAAUAAUCAUAGUUCAAAUCUGCACAGCGGUAAGAACCAAGUUCAAAUCCUUCAAAAUGAAAAUCUUCAUCGUUGCUUUGGCCCUGAUCGCUUUGGCCGCCGCCAAGCCUCAGGAUGACAAGUACACCACCAAGUACGACAGCGUCGACAUCGAUGAGAUCCUGAAGUCCGAACGCCUGUUCAAGAACUACUACGCCUGUCUCAUGGAUACCGGAGCUUGCACCCCAGAUGUCAACGAACUUAAGCGUGUCCUGCCGGAGGCCCUGGAGAACAACUGUGCCAAGUGUAGCGAGAAGCAGCAGAACGACAGCACCAAGACCAUCAAGUUCCUGACCGAGAACAAGCCAGAGGAAUGGAAGGCUCUGAAGGCCAAGUACGAUCCCGACAACAAGUAUGUCGAGAAGUACGUCGCCGAUGCCGACAAGGAAGGAAUCAAGCUGUAAAUCGGGAAGAGUUUCGCGAUUAAGACUGAACAUGUGAUGGGAAUCAGACCAACUUCUUUGACCAUGAUAAUGAUUUGCUUUUUGAUUGGAACACCGCGCCAGUUCGAGUUCAAACGAUGUUGUCGAGACAAUAAAUGAAUUUCAGUAACUAAA